AUGACGGAAUCGGCGAGCCCACUGGGCAGCUUCCUUGGAAGUUUGGGGGGAGUAUUUAAGGAGUUCACGUGGUCGCCGCUGGAACUCUUCCUUUUAACUGCCGCUGUAGCCCUCACAGUAUCGCAGGUGCUCGUGUCUUUCUGCAUUCUUACAUACUUCCCAACGCCGCUCUAUCUGACAUGGUGGCAGCUGCUGCAGCUGUUAACCAGUGCUUCCAUAGUUGGGGAGUUGGGCGUCUCCUUCCCUCAAGCCACCUUCUCUCCCCGUGUGAGGUUCGGGGGGUUCAAAUGGUUUGUGCAGCUCCUCCCUUACUCCCUGGCUUACUGCGCCUUUCACGCGGCAUAUAACGCCACAAUAUCAGCAAUACUUCAUCCAGCUGCUCUCCCCGUAGCAUCGGGGCUCUUAGUCGCAUUCCACCACGUGUUCAGAUCUACAGGAUGCAGCACAGCUUACAGUCCUUUAAGGUGGUGGGCGGUGGGACUCUUGGGUCUUUCCUGUCUCUUCUCUUUGGGAUACAUUAAUUUCAACUACUGCAUUUUAUUGGCCAUUACGUCCGCAUUAUAUCGUGGAGCCUACCUACCCAGAGCCCUGCAUAUGAGUGGUGCAGACGAAGGAUACCUGACAGCGGCAUGCAGCAUCACAGGGAUAGUGGUGCUGCCUCUUGUCAUAUGGCUAACAGAAGAGCAGCCGGAUUUGUUACCAAUUUCAAAGCUGGCUUCUUUUGACAAGCAAGAAUGGCUUAUUUUAGGCUGUUGGGUGACUGCGGGAACUAUUCCUUUUUUCAAAAAUCUAGCGACCAACGCACUCAUGAAGACCUCCGGUCCUCAAGUGUGGCGCAUCAGCGAACUGGCCUCCGUCAUGGCUAUCUUUGUUUGUUCUCUGCAAAUGUGUGGUUCCGUUGGGGCGGUUCUCUGGGUGGGCAUGGCCUUGCUACUGUUAGGGAGGCUGUGCUGCGCAGUGGACAACUACGAAGAGCGGAAAGAACGAGACCCCCGACUGAGUCGAACGUACUAUUCCCGCCGACUCAGCAGCCGCAGAGACUCGUCUAUGGAGGAGUCCUUAGCUAUAAUUGAGGAAGGUCUUCUGGAUCACAUAUCUCCUGAGCAAGCCGAUGGCAUCACGAGCCAACUAACUGGCCUUGUCAAGGCCUAUGUAACCCGCACACAGUGCGAGGAUCUCACCCUUCUGAAGAACAUGGGAGGAGGAGAAGGCGUCGCCCACAUGCUGCAUGUCCCACGAACUAUUGGGCUAUCAGACCAGCAAGAUAUUGAACGGCGGCGCAAGCUAUUUGGCGUUAAUCGGCUCCCCUCCCGUGCUUCAGCUUCUUUCCUCUCCCUUUGUAUUGACGCUGCAUCCGACAAUACCCUGCAGAUUCUUAUGGUCUGCGGCUUGGCCUCCAUUAUCCUCUCUCAACUAUUUGGCGAAAAUCCCCAAGUUGAGUGGAUGGAAGGCGCUGCGAUUUGGGUGGCCGUGUUGGUCGUCGUCCUCGUCACAGCCGGAAAUGACUGGCUCAAAGAACAACAGUUCCGUCAGCUCUCCGCGGUAAAGGACGACAAGCACUGCACCGUAUUGCGAGAUGGCUGCCCUACCCAAGUUUCCGUGUUUGACCUUGUGCUGGGCGACCUGCUGCAAUUUGAAGCGGGAGACGAACUACCAGCGGACUGCUUAGUGAUUUCAUGUCGUGGAUUGCGUAUGGACGAAUCCUCACUGACAGGAGAAUCUGAAAUGAUAAAGAAGGACACAUAUGAAGACUGCAUGGCGCAGCUUGUAGACGGCAGUACGCGAAGCCCCAGGUCGAUGCAACACCACUUCAUUGCUUCUCCCGUCGUUCUUUCCGGAACAACCGUGAAUACCGGAAGCGGCACGGCGAUUGUCAUAGCGGUUGGUCCUCAUUCCCAAGCUGGGCAACUGUACCAGAAGCUUUCCUUCGACACAGAAGCAACGCCAUUGCAGCUCAAGCUGAAUGCACUUGCUGGAGAUAUAGGAAAUUUCGGGUUAAUUUGCUCCAUCAUUGCCUUUUUCGUCCUUGUACUGGAGUACUGGAUUAUUUAUGCUUACACGGAAGUUGAUCAGCGUCCCCCGCUUGUGGGGAUCGUCAGCAGUCACGUGCACUUCUUCGUCACAGCCAUAACGGUCCUCGUCGUUGCUGUGCCUGAGGGGCUGCCUUUGGCAGUUACCAUAUCUCUGGCGUAUUCCAUUGGGCAAAUGCUUGCCGAUCAGAACUACGUAAGGCGUUUGGGAGCGUGCGAAACAAUGGGGUCUGCCAAUGAAGUGUGCUCAGACAAGACCGGCACUCUUACAAGGAACCAAAUGAGCGCCGUAGAGUUUUGGGACGGUUCCGAAACUAUUCACAUUCCCUCCACUUCUUUUGCUGGUCCAGACACAACUGGUGUCCCCGGCUUCAAUAAGCGGACAGAGAAGUGGGAACUCGUUUCCGAAAGCGUUGCUUUGAACUCAACAGCAUUUCUCGAAAAAAUGGAGACGAUGACGCUGAAUAAUGGCCAGGAGACAGCUCGGUACACAGUGAAGUACGUGGGCUCUGCAACGGAAUGCGCCCUUCUGGAAUACAAUGACUUUAUCUGCGGGGCGGAUUACGCGGAAACGCGGAGAUUAAAGGGAUCUGACUCCCUCAUCGCUCACCGGGAAGAGUUCUCUAGCGAUCGUAAAAUGAUGACGACGGUCGUUUACCGGGAGGAGUGCGGGGGGUCGCAUAUGCGGGUUUAUGUAAAGGGCGCCGCAGAACGGGUUCUUCAGUUGUGUAACGGCCUGAUGACUGCCAGCGGCCAGAUCCAAAAGUUGCAGCCAGAGCACAAAAAGGGGAUUGAAGACCGCAUCAUCGACGGAAUGGCCCGUGAGGCCCUCAGGACAAUCUGCAUUGCCUAUCGCGAAUUCGACGUGAGCGAGGUGCCUAACUGGAAGGAAAAGCAGCCUGCCCCGAAGCAAUUGUUUCUGGUUGCCGAACAAGACCUUAUCUGCCUGGGUAUAUUCGGCAUUCAGGAUCCCGUGAGAGAGGAAGUACCGGGAGCCGUGGAGAGGUGCCACCAAGCAGGCAUCAACGUGAGAAUGGUGACGGGGGACAAUCUUAUCACCGCAAAAGCCAUUGCAAAAAAGUGCCACAUCUUCAACGAAGAAAGAGGAGACCUGGCAAUGCUGGGCCCUGAAUUCACACAACUCGUCGGGGGCGUUGUCUGCCAGAACUGCCGAACUGCCAUCUGCGGCUGCGCGACAGAUGCUAAGACUGCAGAGGCCGAGGGAAAGAACCUUCGAGUGGAUGUUAUCGGGAAUAUGGAUGCCUUUGAACGCAUCUGGAAGCGUCUUCAAGUCCUUGCGAGAUCCCAGCCGUCCGACAAAUACGUCUUAGUCACGGCGUUGAAGCAACUAGGCCAGGUAGUAGCUGUCACGGGCGACGGCACAAACGAUGCACCUGCGUUGAAGAAGGCAGACGUCGGACUGGCGAUGGGCAUUACUGGCAAAGAAGUGGCAAAGCAAGCCGCUGAUAUUGUUAUGCUAGACGACAACUUUCAGUGCAUUGUGCAGGCGGUGAAGUGGGGACGGAAUGUCUACAGCAACAUCCGGCGCUUCCUCCAGUUCCAACUCACCGUCAAUGUGGUGGCUGUGGUCACGACGAUUGUCUGCGCAGCUCUAUUGCGAGACUCGCCAUUGACAGCCGUGCAAAUGCUGUGGGUGAAUCUCAUUAUGGACAGCUUCGCCUCGCUGGCUCUGGCCACGGAGAUGCCGACGCCCGAUCUUCUUAAGGAGAAGCCGCACCACAGGCAUCAGUCGCUCAUCUCGCGGUCUAUGGCACUCACUAUCACAACUUCUGCAGUGUACCAACUCGUUGUCAUGAUGGGUCUCAUCUUCUUUGGAGACUGCUUCCUCCCUGAAAAAGAAUGGGGGUACCUAUUACCGGCAGACAGAUCCAAUAACGACUUUUGUGAAUUUUCAGACUGCGACCCCAUGACAGGACAGGGAAGCCUCAUGAGGUCUGGCAGAAGGUUCAAAUUGUUCUCCACGGAAGAAGACUACGAAGAGCGUUGGAUAGGAAUUAUUGGGCCGUCCCGACACCUGACAUUCGUGUUUAAUACAUUCGUGCUCAUGCAGCUGUUCAACAUGAUCAAUGCCAGGGACGUCGAAGAGGAUUUCGCCAAAAAAAUGUCUUUGCCGCGACUUUUUGUCAAGAUGACAAGUAACCCGUUGGGGUUCUUUAUUUGGCUGUUUAUUCUCUGCUCACAAGUUUUGAUGGUGGAGUACGGCGGCCCGAUGCUGGGCUGUCACCGUGAGGGCCUCACAUGGGAGCAGUGGUUCUUGAGCAUUCUCAUCGGCUUCGUUGGUUUGCUGUUCGCACGCAUUCCACAGUGUUUUCCGCGUAUUACACUGCUUUUUCCGGAAUUCGGAAUGAGGGAAGAAGACAUUUCAGAGAAGGCUUCCCUGGCCUUGGGUCUCCGGGGCCGAUCGCCAUCACGUAUGAACGACCGAUGCAUGAUCAGCACCCUGGCUGUAGCUAAAAAGUACGCACGACGCGCCAAAGUCCUGACGAUAAGCAGAAUGAAGGCGCGCAGAGGCGCACCCCAAGCUGGGCAACCAACUGACACAGCAGCAGCCACCGGCGCCUACGUGCCAGUGCAAGAAAUUGCUCAAGACAGUCCUUCCCUCACACACUCCAACUACUGA